AUGGCUCUGUUCCGGGGAUGCAGCAACGUCAUCGACGAGAGCCUGGACGAGUUCCUCGUCAAACACGACCCAGACUACGCGGGAGGCCGAGUGCGGCCGGAAGACACCGAAGACAGCACGCGCUGGCGAGCGUCUUCUCCAGGUCCGCCGUCCAGUGCAGACAAACCGCGGACUUUCCUCGGAAGCGUCGAAUCGAGUCUGCAGGAACGGGCCGAGUCCGAAGCCUACAAGCGCAGCCUCUCGCCUCGCGCAGGAAGAGCGAGAACAGACGAUGACGCUCCCGUGAAAAUCGACACGCAGAAACUCGGCCGAGCUCUCAGCGUCGCCGUUACUGGGCUCGGCGAGCAAGUGAAACAUGGCGGCGAACUUCUCUGGCGGUCAGCUGUCACGGCAGCUGGACAGGUGAUUGUGCAGCACGGGCUGCAGACUCGCUCAGGCGGUCCAGGCGCGUCUCUCGCAGGCUUUGCUUCACCCUCUGCGCUCAUAUCCUCCUCGCUCUCUUCCUCGUCCCUCGCCUCGGCUGUCUCUUCCGCCUCCUGCUUCAACCUCCAGCUCCCCGCCGGGGGCCCGAAGGCCUGGGGCCUCAUGGGCCUCGACCCCGCCGGCCCGAUGUCCCUCGGCGCCUGGAUGGCUUCGCCCUCGGUCGAGGCGGACGUGUGGGGCGACGGGAACUUCAACCUGCUUCUUCAAGAACAGAGACAAAAUGGUGACGUCACUGGACAACUCGUCGCAGAGCCUAGAGCAAAAGACGGUGAGGCAAGAGCCAGCGCCGGGCUGUUCACGUACCGCUGGAGACGGCGUUUCCCCAAUGGUGUCCUCGUCGACGUUGCCGAUGUCACGGGAAAAGUUCUCGAAGACGUGGACGACGAGUUUCGAGGAUCUCAACGUUCCCGCUCGCCGUCUCCCCUGCGUGCCGAUGCCUCGAGGGCGAGCAUGCAACCCCGCCGUUUCCCGGACGGACGGAGAGAAGAGAGAGCGUCGAUGCCGCGAGAAGAAGGGAAGGAGUUUUUCGUCUACGUCGGCCACGAGGAAGUCGUUGUCACCCAAAGAGGCAUUGCGACAACCUUCAGCGAAACCGACGAUUUCCUCGGCGGCGGAGGCAUUAACAGUCUUUUGGACCGUCGCUGGAGUGUGCGGUUUUCGUCCGAGUUUCCAAAACUUCAGCUUCACCAUCGACAUCCCAGGCGCUUUACACUCACCCUCAGUGAGGAGAAGGUUUUUGUGCUGGACGCGUACACUCGGCAUCAGCGGGAUCUCAUGGCGAUGACUCUCCGUUCUUUCCAUGCCCGAGCCGUUGUCGGAGCUUCGACGCUUCUGGACCUCGUGCAUAACAUGUCUUGCACGGGAAAGGCUCCAGUCACCUCAGACGAAAUCAUUUCUGAACUCGAAGAUAAACGCGUCGACCUGUACAUGAUGGUUCAUUCUCUCUCCUCGGAGCUUCACCGUGCAGUGUCAAGCCGCCUUCGAACGAUGCGCGACUGGGAGAGAGUCUCGAAAGAGAAGGAAGCGCUGGAAGAAGAAAUGACGUCAACGAUCCAAGCGUUCCAGAGCCAGCUCGCAGACCUCGCGAACGAGCAGCCUGCGGCCUCGGCACCCCCUGCAAAUGGAAGCUCCGGUAACUGGAAUUUAAGUCUUCUUCAGAUGACCGACGACAUGCAGGCGCUCCGAGCGCAAAACCGCGCCUACGUCGAGGAAAUCGAGCAGCUGAAGGUCGCGCAAACAGAGAUUGUCAUGCGGUUCGAAAACGAGCGGCAUGCGUUCCAGGAGCUGCUGAGGAAGAGACUGGAGACGCUGAUGGAGGAAAACCGGCAGCUGCAAGCUGCGAACGAACGGCUGGGCUCUCGUCUCGUCAAGCAAGCGUCGGAAGGAGGAGUGGGAUCUUCUGCGGGGGUCGGGCCGAGCAGCGCCAGCAGCCAGGAAGCCCCAGAGCGGCAGCAGGUGGAGAUGCGCCGCCUGAGGAAGGAAGUUGAAGAGGCGCAUCUGGACAAACAUCAGCUUGCCCACGAGCUGGAGGAAAUGAAGGCGGCGGCAGCUCGAGAGAGACAAGAGAAGGAAGCCGCUCUGGCGAACGUGCAAGACGCUCUGGUGCACAUGAAGGCGCGCUACGAUUGUCUACUUGAGGAAAUGCAAGCGCUGCGGGACUCUCGGGACUCCGCUGAAGAGGGCGUGGCGCAGAGAGUGAAAGUUUACGAGGACUUGCUGCUGACGCGCGAGACGCAGUGCAACGAGCACACCAAGCAGCUGGAGACCGCGCAACACAAUCUGGCCGAGCUGCAGGCGGAGCGGAACCGUCUGAAAAAGGUUCUCGAGUCCAUCACCAAAGAUUUGGAGCGGUCGCGAGCAUCCCUGGACGCGGCUUCAGCCCGGCAACAGGCUGUGACGGCGGAGAAGCAACAGCUGGAGGCUCGCCUGGCGGACAUGGUCCAGCGGCAACAAAGACAGGAACAGCUGAACACGCGCGAAGAGCAACUGAAACAGCAGGAAAGUUUGAGGCGUCUCCAGGAGGCGCAGAAACGAGCGGAUGAGGUGUCUCGACAGCUGGAAGAGACUCGGAAGGCCCUGCAACAGGAACAACAACAUCGGCAGUUUCAGCAGCAGCGCGCAGACAGCGGACACCAGCAAGCGGCGGCUCUGCAAAACAAACUCGCGGAGCAGGAUGCGCAACUGACCCGAAUGAAGGCGGAAAUCGAACAACUGACGCAAACGGCCCAAAGAACACCCGAGGCUGAGGGCGGAGCCGGUGAGGGCGAAGAGAGUCUUUUGCGGGCGAAAGUGACGGAGCUUACCGACGUUCUCGCGCGCCAGGAAGAAGAAAUGAAGAGGCUCAAGGACGAAAGUUCGACGCUGAAAACGCGCCUCAUCAAGUUGACGAAAUCGAACGCCUAA